AUGGGUGCCGCGGAGUCACCUGGGAGUUCUGAAUUGCCUGGCCUGCGCAGCCGCAGUCGCAGGCGCAGGCUCCUGCCGCGGAGAGUCCCUCCUGUGGCGGAGCUGAGACCGCAGGUGUUCUGGAAGGGUGCAGUGGGUGCGCUGGACUGCGACCGUGGACAGGAAAGGCCGCAGGCCCGGCGGCGGGAGCCGAGCCCGGGAGGACAGGACGGCGAUGGGAACAUCCAGGAGAGCGCCGCCGUGGCCAGCUGGGCCUCUGUGGUCUUUGAGGAUGUGGCUGUGAACUUCACCCCAGAAGAGUGGGCUUUGCUGAAUCGUGGUCAGAGGAAGCUCUACAGAGAUGUGAUGCUGGAGACCUGCAGGAACCUGUCUGCUGUGGAGAAGCGGAAAUUUCACAGCAGUGGAGAUUUGACCCGAAUGCAGGAAGGGCUUUUGAGAAGUCCUUUGGUGGAGAGUGUCUGUGAACGUAUUGAAGGAGAUCCAUGUGGAGAAACCCUGAACCCAAUUACAAGUCUUACUGUGCAUGAGGGCUGUCCCACUGGAGGCAAAUCCUGUGAAUGCGCUAAGUGUAGGGAAGCCCUCACAGAUGGUUUUUUUCUAGGGACUCUGGGAAGAUCUCACCCAGGACUCAAAUCUAGUCCCUGUGAGGAAUGUGGGCCGGCCUGUAGCUCCGUCUCAAGCCUCAGCACUCAGGGUCAUGUGCAAAAUGACUGUGUACAGAGAGUCCAUGCAUGUGAUGUGUGUGGGAAAGCCUUUAUGUGUCACUCUGAUCUUACACAUCACGUCAGAACUCAUACUGGGGAGAGAACCUAUCAAUGUCAGGAGUGUGGGAGAGCCUUCCAGUGUAAGUCAGGCCUGCAGAAACAUGUGAGGACUCACACUCCAGAGAAACUCUAUAAAUAUCAGCCCUGUAGGAAAUCCUUCCCUGGCCAGCAGUCCUUUCUAGUACCUAGGAGAAGACACACAGGGGACAGACACUUGGAAUGUAAGGAGUGUGGGAAAACUUUCAAGAAGCAUCUACAGUUUGAACGUCACAUGACCACACACAAUGUAAUGAAACCCUAUGAAUGUCGGGAGUGUGGCAAAACCUUCAAGCAUCACCCAGACCUGCGAGUACAUAUGAGGACACACACUGGGGAAAGACCCUAUGAAUGUAAGGAAUGUGGGAAAUCUUUCCGAAAGUAUGAACAUGUUAAACGUCACAUGACCACUCACAGUACUGUGAAACCCUAUGAAUGUAAGCAAUGUGGCAGAGCCUUCCGGGAUCACACAGACCUGCGAGUGCAUAUGAGGACACACACUGGGGAAAGACCAUAUGAAUGUCAACAAUGUGGGAAAGCCUUCAGAUAUCUUGGGAAUCUGCGAGAGCAUGUGACAAUACACACGGGGGAGAGACCCUAUGAAUGUCAGGAGUGUGGGAAAGCCUUCAGGUAUAACUCAUGCCUGCGAGAACAUGUGAGGAAACACACUGGGGAGAGACCCUAUAAAUGUCAGCACUGUGGAAAAGCCUUCAUUCGACACCACACCCUCGUACUACAUACUGCGAGAAGACACUCAGUGGGUGGACACUUGGAAUGUAAGGAGUGUGGCGAAACUUUCAGGAAGCAUCAACCUUUUGAACAUCACAUGACCACACACAAUGUAGUGAAACCCUAUGAAUGUCAGGAGUGUGGGAAAGCCUUCAGGUAUCACAGAGACCUACGAAUACAUGCGUGGACACACACUGGGGAAAAACCCUGUAAAUGUCAGCACUGUGGGAAAGCCUUCACAUCUCCUUCAAACUUGGGAGCACACAUGAGGACACAUGCUGAGGAGAGACCUUUUGAGUGUAUAGAGUGUGGGAAAGCUUUCCGUCAGCUGCAAAAUUUUGAAAGUCAUUUGAAAACACACAGCACCAUUAAAUCCUAUGAAUGUAAGAAGUGUGGGAAGGUGUACAAGUUCUCCUCCUCUCUUCGAGCGCAUAUGAAGAAACACCCUGGGGAGAGACCUUGACAAAUCACUGCUCCCUUCAAGAACACAUGAGGCUGCACAGUGGACAGUAAGCCUCUGUAUGUAAGGACUCUGGUAAGACCUUCCAGUGUCUCGUAGACCUGGGCAGAAGAACCUUAUGAAUGAUCGCUCUGUGGGAAAGCCUUCAGUUGUCCCUCUUCCCUUCGAGAACACACGUGCAAGCACACUAAUGUGAAACAUUACACACUUAAGCACUAUGGAAAAGCCUGUCCGGGAAUCUGUGAGCAAAGCCACACUGUAGGAAAGCAUUUAUUUUUCCUUCAAAUAUUUUUUUAUGUUUAUUUUUGAGACAGAGACAGAGCAUGAGCAGGG